ACAGGCUCUGAAAGCAUUCCAGCUGAAAUUUUUGAUCGGAUAGACUUGCUGUGGCUUCAGAGGCAGUGAUUCCAAGCUGCCAGUGCAUGCUGCUGCCAAGCUGCAGGAUGGUGCACGUAGCCAGUCCGCUGCUGUUGCUCCUCACUUUCUUCCUCCGUGUGGAUGCUGAGACACCUCCAAGGUUUACACGAACUCCUGUGGACCAGACUGGGGUCUCUGGUGGUGUUGCUUCUUUCAUUUGUCAAGCUACAGGAGACCCAAGACCUAAAAUUGUCUGGAACAAAAAAGGAAAGAAAGUCAGCAAUCAGAGAUUUGAGGUAAUAGAGUUUGAUGAUGGAUCUGGAUCAGUUCUCAGAAUACAACCAUUACGGACUCCAAGGGAUGAGGCCAUUUAUGAAUGUGUGGCCUCAAAUAACGUAGGAGAAAUAAGUGUUUCUACCAGACUCACAGUUUUGCGUGAGGAUCAAAUUCCUAGGGGCUUUCCUACCAUUGACAUGGGCCCACAGUUGAAGGUGGUUGAGCGUACACGCACAGCUACCAUGCUUUGUGCAGCCAGUGGGAAUCCAGAUCCAGAAAUCACUUGGUUUAAAGAUUUCUUACCUGUGGACACAAGCAACAACAAUGGCCGUAUUAAGCAGUUACGAUCAGGCGCCCUUCAAAUCGAACAGAGUGAAGAAUCCGACCAAGGAAAAUAUGAGUGUGUUGCCACCAACAGCGCGGGCACUCGCUAUUCUGCCCCUGCCAAUUUAUAUGUCAGAGUUCGUCGUGUCCCACCAAGAUUCUCUAUCCCACCAACUAAUCAUGAAAUCAUGCCAGGUGGAAGUGUUAAUAUCACCUGUGUGGCCGUGGGGUCACCGAUGCCUUAUGUGAAGUGGAUGUUGGGGGCAGAAGAUCUGACGCCUGAAGAUGAUAUGCCAAUAGGAAGAAAUGUCCUAGAAUUGAAUGAUGUCAGACAGUCAGCAAAUUAUACCUGUGUUGCUAUGUCAACAUUGGGUGUCAUUGAAGCAAUAGCACAGAUCACUGUCAAAGCCUUACCUAAGCCUCCAGGAACUCCUAUUGUCACUGAGAGCACAGCUACAAGCAUCACACUGACUUGGGACUCUGGGAAUCCUGAGCCUGUCUCUUACUACAUCAUUCAGCAUAAGCCUAAAAAUUCUGAGGAACCAUACAAAGAAAUUGAUGGGGUGGCGACCACUCGCUACAGUGUCGCUGGACUAAGUCCCUACUCAGAUUAUGAAUUCAGGGUUGUUGCUGUCAAUAACAUUGGGCGGGGACCUCCCAGUGAGCCUGUGCUAACUCAGACCUCAGAGCAAGCGCCAUCCAGUGCCCCAAGGGAUGUCCAGGCUCGGAUGUUGAGCUCUACCACCAUUCUGGUACAGUGGAAGGAACCUGAGGAACCCAACGGGCAGAUACAAGGAUAUAGAGUUUAUUAUACAAUGGAUCCUACUCAGCAUGUUAACAACUGGAUGAAACACAAUGUAGCUGACAGCCAAAUCACUACUAUUGGCAACUUAGUACCCCAGAAAACGUACUCUGUCAAAGUUCUGGCUUUUACCUCAAUUGGAGAUGGUCCUCUUUCAAGUGACAUACAAGUCAUCACUCAGACAGGAGUUCCCGGGCAGCCACUAAAUUUCAAAGCAGAACCUGAGUCUGAAACCAGUAUUUUGCUUUCUUGGACACCACCACGUUCAGACACCAUUGCCAACUAUGAACUUGUCUACAAAGAUGGGGAUCUUGGAGAAGAGCAACGAAUAACCAUUGAGCCAGGGACAUCUUACAGACUGCAAGGGCUGAAACCAAAUAGCUUAUAUUACUUCCGGCUGGCUGCACGCUCUCCUCAAGGCCUGGGUGCUUCUACAGCAGAAAUAUCAGCUAGAACCAUGCAGUCAAAGCCGUCAGCUCCUCCUCAAGACAUUAGUUGCACCAGCCCAAGUUCCACUAGUAUUUUGGUAAGUUGGCAACCACCACCAGUGGAAAAACAGAAUGGCAUUAUCACUGAAUACUCCAUCAAGUAUACAGCCAUAGAUGGAGAAGAUGACAAACCUCGUGAGAUUUUGGGAAUUCCUUCGGACACUACCAAAUACCUUUUGGAACAGCUGGAAAAAUGGACUGAGUACCAGAUCACUGUGACAGCCCACACAGAUGUUGGCCCGGGCCCUGAGAGCUUGUCCGUGUUUAUCCGAACCGAUGAAGAUGUUCCUAGUGGUCCUCCUCGAAAAGUCGAGGUAGAGGCUGUCAACUCAACAUCUGUUAAAGUCUCAUGGCGCUCACCAGUACCCAAUAAGCAGCAUGGCCAGAUAAGAGGAUACCAGGUGCAUUAUGUGAGGAUGGAAAAUGGUGAGCCUAAAGGCCAGCCCAUGCUGAAGGAUGUCAUGCUGGCUGAUGCACAGUGGGAAUUUGAUGAUACUACUGAACAUGAUAUGAUCAUUUCUGGGCUACAGCCUGAAACUUCCUACUCCCUCACAGUUACAGCCUAUACCACCAAAGGAGAUGGUGCUCGCAGCAAGCCUAAACUGGUAUCUACCACUGGGGCAGUUCCAGGGAAACCCAGGCUGGUGAUUAAUCAUACACAGAUGAAUACUGCUCUCAUUCAGUGGCACCCCCCUGUGGACAUAUUUGGACCUCUUCUGGGCUAUCGUCUAAAAUAUGGCCGGAAAGAUAUGGAGCCCCUCACAACUCUUGAAUUUUCUGAAAAAGAAGAUCACUUUACAGCUAUAGACAUUCACAAAGGAGCAUCCUAUGUCUUCAGGCUCUCGGCCAGAAACAAAGUGGGCUUUGGAGAGGAGAUGGUGAAGGAGAUUUCUGUUCCAGAAGAAGUCCCCUCUGGAUUCCCUCAAAACCUCCACUCAGAAGGCACCACGUCAACUACCGUCCAGCUCUCUUGGCAGCCACCUGUCCUGGCAGAGAGAAAUGGCAUUAUCACGAAGUACACUCUUCUUUAUAGGGAUAUUAAUAUCCCUCUUCUUCCAAUGGAGCAGCUUAUUGUUCCAGCUGACACCACUAUGACACUCAGUGGCUUAAAACCAGAUACCACAUAUGAUGUAAAAGUACGUGCUUACACGAGCAAAGGGCCCGGGCCAUAUAGUCCCAGUGUCCAGUUCAGGACACUGCCUGUGGAUCAAGCAGUGUUUGCAAAAAAUUUCCAUGUCAAAGCAGUAAUGAAGACUUCAGUGCUGCUGUCUUGGGAGAUUCCAGAGAAUUAUAAUUCUGCCAUGCCUUUCAAAAUUCUUUAUGACGAUGGGAAAAUGGUAGAAGAAGUAGAUGGCCGAGCUACACAGAAGUUAAUUGUCAACCUGAAGCCUGAGAAGUCAUACUCAUUUGUGCUGACAAAUCGUGGCAAUAGUGCCGGGGGACUGCAACAUAGGGUGACUGCAAAGACUGCACCAGAUGUACUACGUACCAAACCUGCCUUUAUUGGGAAGACCAACUUGGAUGGCAUGAUAACUGUGCAACUGCCUGAAGUACCUGAAAAUGAAAAUAUAAAAGGAUACUACAUAAUAAUUGUGCCUUUGAAGAAAUCUCGUGGAAAAUUUAUCAAGCCAUGGGAGAGUCCAGAUGAGAUGGAAUUAGAUGAGCUGCUUAAGGAGAUAUCUAGGAAGCGCAGAAGCGUUCGUUAUGGAAGAGAAGUUGAAUUAAAGCCAUAUAUUGCUGCUCACUUUGAUGUCCUUCCCACUGAGUUCACCCUGGGGGAUGACAAACAUUAUGGUGGAUUUACAAACAAGCAACUCCAAAGCGGUCAAGAAUAUGUCUUCUUUGUGCUAGCAGUGAUGGAGCAUGCAGAGUCUAAGAUGUAUGCAACCAGCCCUUACUCUGACCCUGUUGUGUCAAUGGAUCUGGAUCCACAGCCAAUCACAGAUGAAGAAGAAGGCUUGAUAUGGGUUGUAGGUCCUGUCCUUGCAGUAGUCUUUAUCAUCUGCAUUGUUAUAGCUAUUCUUCUUUACAAAAGGAAAAGGGCAGAGUCUGACUCUAGAAAGAGCAGCAUACCCAAUAGUAAGGAAGUCCCUUCACAUCAUCCAACAGAUCCAGUAGAACUGAGGCGCCUUAAUUUCCAAACACCAGGUUCAGAUGAUUCCGGUUACCGUGGUAACCUUCAUUCUUCAAGUAUGGCUAGUCAUCCUCCAAUACCUAUCUUGGAACUUGCAGAUCACAUUGAAAGGUUGAAAGCCAAUGACAACUUGAAGUUUUCCCAAGAGUAUGAGUCAAUUGACCCGGGCCAGCAAUUCACAUGGGAACAUUCCAACUUGGAAGUAAACAAACCAAAGAAUAGAUAUGCAAAUGUUAUCGCUUAUGAUCACUCCAGGGUUCUCUUGUCAGCAAUAGAAGGUAUCCCAGGAAGUGAUUAUGUGAAUGCCAACUAUAUAGAUGGCUAUAGGAAACAAAACGCAUAUAUUGCAACGCAGGGAUCUCUCCCAGAAACAUUUGGAGACUUUUGGAGAAUGAUAUGGGAGCAGCGGAGUGCCACAGUCGUUAUGAUGACCAAACUAGAAGAACGAUCUAGGGUGAAAUGUGACCAGUACUGGCCCACCAGAGGCACAGAAACCCAUGGACUGGUCCAAGUGACGCUGCUGGACACUGUGGAGCUAGCCACAUAUUGUGUUCGAACAUUUGCACUUUAUAAGAAUGGGUCAAGCGAGAAGAGAGAAGUGAGGCAAUUCCAGUUCACCGCCUGGCCUGAUCAUGGUGUUCCAGAACAUCCUACACCUUUUCUAGCUUUCUUACGAAGAGUAAAAACCUGUAACCCUCCGGAUGCAGGCCCCAUGGUUGUGCACUGCAGUGCGGGAGUUGGCCGGACUGGUUGUUUCAUUGUCAUAGAUGCCAUGUUAGAAAGAAUAAAGCAUGAAAAAACUGUAGAUAUUUAUGGCCAUGUAACUUUAAUGAGAGCCCAAAGGAAUUACAUGGUUCAAACAGAAGACCAAUACAUCUUUAUCCAUGAUGCGCUGCUAGAAGCAGUGACUUGUGGAAAUACCGAAGUGCCAGCUAGAAACUUGUAUGCCUACAUUCAGAAGCUGACACAAAUAGAAACAGGAGAGAAUGUAACGGGAAUGGAGCUUGAAUUUAAGCGUCUAGCCAGCUCGAAAGCUCACACCUCAAGAUUCAUCAGUGCCAAUCUUCCAUGUAAUAAAUUCAAAAACCGCCUUGUUAAUAUUAUGCCAUAUGAAUCUACAAGGGUAUGUCUACAGCCUAUCCGAGGAGUAGAAGGAUCUGAUUACAUCAAUGCCAGUUUUAUUGAUGGAUACAGACAACAGAAAGCCUACAUUGCUACCCAGGGACCUUUGGCAGAGACCACGGAAGACUUCUGGAGGAUGCUUUGGGAACAUAAUUCCACCAUUGUUGUGAUGCUCACCAAGCUGCGUGAAAUGGGCAGAGUGAGUGAGAAAUGCCACCAAUACUGGCCAGCAGAACGAUCUGCAAGAUACCAAUAUUUUGUUGUAGAUCCUAUGGCUGAAUACAAUAUGCCACAGUACAUCCUCAGAGAAUUCAAGGUCACAGAUGCCAGGGACGGUCAGUCCCGAACAGUGAGGCAGUUCCAGUUCACUGACUGGCCAGAGCAAGGAGUGCCAAAGUCUGGAGAAGGAUUUAUUGACUUCAUUGGCCAAGUCCAUAAAACAAAAGAGCAGUUUGGACAAGAUGGACCCAUUUCAGUCCAUUGCAGUGCGGGCGUUGGAAGAACUGGAGUCUUCAUAACACUAAGCAUCGUUUUGGAAAGAAUGAGAUAUGAAGGUGUUGUAGAUAUUUUCCAGACUGUCAAAAUGUUAAGAACACAACGACCAGCUAUGGUACAGACAGAGGAUCAGUACCAGUUCUGCUAUCGAGCUGCGCUAGAGUACCUGGGCAGUUUUGAUCACUAUGCAACGUAGAAACCCCUGACCCAUUUUGGAUUUUUACUACAGGCCCUUCAUUAUCCACGGAGUCUCUUCUGAGCCAUACAGGGCACUUGAGAAGUCCUUCUUAACUUCUAGCUAACAACCACUUAGUGGAACUAUUACACACAAAACAGAUUAAAAGUAAACUCUUCCAGGUGGACCAAGAAUUCACAGUUUAACAAUCUAACCUAAAAAAUAAUAAUAGCGAAUCCUGACUGAUGAGGCAUCUGAAGGAUUUUAUUUACAGAUACCUCAAGGAUUCAAAAUAAGGGAAGAAGAAAUCACAGCAAAGAACCACCAUCUUGUUCAGGAUUGUUUGGUAGGUAUAAGGAAGAAAUGAAAAAUGAUGCAGUUCAGUGCAAGAUGUUUGCUGGCGUGGCUUUUCAUGAUAAAAUGGACUCUGCUUCGACAUCACCCCUUCCCACCAUAUUGCUCAUAUAACAUUAUAGGGGGAAAGGGUAGGGAAUGUUUAGAAAGAAAGUCUUUGAUUUAGUUUUUUCUUUUUUUCUUUUCUUUUUUUUUUUUUUUAGUAUUGUAAAAAAUACUGCUGACUUGCGCUUCAUUUUUCACUGUGUAGACUUUUUUUUAACAAAAUGUAUCACUCGAUAAAGUGAAUUUUUUAAAAACUUACAUAACUCCAUUUUUUAUUUUCGAAAUGUUUUUUUAAGCUGUAGUACUGUUAUCUGUAAUAUCUUGCUGUAGAAAUAUGUAAUUUAAAAUUUUGCACAUUUUUGUGCAAUACUUUUAAUCUACAGUGUCAGUCUUGUAAGAUUACUUUUACACUUAUGUUUAGAUUUGAUUUGUGAGAAAAUACCGAUUUUCAAAUAAUCAUAGAACCUUUUGAUUUUGGAAUCAACAGGGAGGCGCAAAGUAUAAAGUUGCUGCUAAUAUAUAUAUACAUAUAUAUCCAUUUUAUAGGGGUGUCUAUGUAUAUAUAGACAGUAUGUUCAAACAAGAAAGAUAUAGCUACAUUCAGUUUGUCCAUAAUUUCAUUUGUUUUUGAAGUAGAAGAGCUAUGGUAACACCUAUUUUAUGACAUUGGUAUUUCUUGUUAUCACAAAAUUCUAACUUUUAUGGGAAAUGAGGAAUGCACAUCAGUGAUUGUCAAACCUCGCCCCCUAAUUCCCUAUCCAGUCUCCUCCCCUUACCCAGUCAUGUUCACAAAUACCAUUUUGUUAGCCAGGCUUCCAACAAAGUUCAAUAUUUUCAACACUCUAGUGCAAUAAAAAAAUAUUAAAUAUCUAAGAGGUGUGCAUGUGGGAAAGGUCAGUGCAUAUCCCUUUAGGAAGGGAGAAUGUUGUAAUAUAUCAGCUAUCAAGUUUUAAAAAAGUGUAUUCAAUCGUAUAUUGUCUAUAGUAUGUGCUAUGAAAUUUGCAUUUAUGAUAUGUAACAGGGGCAAAGCCAAACUCAUGUUAUUCUGUUCAGUCAGAAACAUUUUGUGGCAUACAGCACUCCUGGGAGUGCUGAACUUUGUUUGUUUUGGUUUUAGUUUUGCAUUUAGAGUGCCUUAUAAUUGAUGCCUAUUUUAAAUAGCAUUUCUUUUUUAGCUUUUGUUUCGUAUUUCCAUUAGUUGUUCAUAUAUGUUACUCUUCCAAUUAAAGCAUUAUAUGUUUACCACAUGUACAAAAACUCUGAA